AUGGUAGAGGGCGUUGGUACUGGGUCUUGGGCCGAAGAAGAGCUGGGACCGUCUGGUAGCGAGGCACGUCUGUCCGUUUCUGGUUCGGUGGUGGUGUAUACACCUGCGCCGACUGCUGAUGAUCGACCUGUUGAAAUUGAGAGGUCCCAUCCAAACGAGGGCGCCGAGAUGGGGCACGAUUUGUCCCAGACUGCCCUUCUUCAUAGUGUUGGACCGGAAUGUCUUCGCAUCUACAAUGGCAUGAAAUUUGCUACUGAGGCUGAUAGCUUCAAAUGUUCUGUGACUAUGGACAAGUUUAACACACAUUUCCUUGGGGAGAGCAGGGAAUUCUUUGAGAGAUUUAAAUUCAACCAGCGCAAUCAAGAGAGUGGUGAAUCCAUUGAGCAACCUCUCAACAUCGUGCUUAAGAGGGAGCACUAUCCCUUACCCGUCUUAGAUGAUAUUCUACCUCAGCUUUCAGACGCUACUGUCUUUUCAAUCUGUGACUUGAAAGACGGAUACCUUCACUGCAAAUUAGGUGAAGAGUCUACUUUACUGACUACCUUUGCCACACUCUGGGGAAGGUACAGAUGGAAACGUCUUCCAUUUGGUUUGAAAGUCAGUAGUAAAAUCUUCCAAAAGAGGCUUCACCAAGCACUUGAUGGUCUUCCUGGAGUCUGCUACGUGGCCCAUGACAUCGUCAUCUGGGGCAGCACUGACGCUGAGCAUGAUGCCCGACUACACUGGCUACUGAAGAGAUGUCAAGCUGUUGGCAUUGUGUUGAACAAGGAGAAAUGCCAGUUCCGACUGAAGGAAAUCUCAUUCCUUGGCCACAUCGUAUCCAACUCUGGACUCAAACCUGAUCCAUUAAAGAUCGAAGCUAUCCUGAACAUGACUGAUCCUUCCUGCAAAGAUGACAUCCAUCGCUUGCGUGGCAUGAUACAAGUGAGAUAUCUCAAGGGCGAGGACAAUGUUCUGGCUGAUGCUCUUAGCCGAGCUUCUCUUCCCCAUGAGAGUGGACAACAUGAUCUAGAAGUGGUGAAUGCUGUUAACCACUUGGCACUCCCUGAUGACAAGAUAGCAGAGAUAAAGAGGCAGACUGUCAAUGACCCAACUGUCUGCCAACUCAAAGACACCAUUCUUGAAGGGUGGCCAGACCACAAGUCACAACUUCCUCAGUCACUCACCCCAUACUUUGGUUUCAGAGAUGAAGUUUCUCUCAGUGAUGAUCUAAUCUUCAAGGGUGAACGACUUGUAGUCCCAAAACAAGUCAGGCAGAAGAUGAAAGAGGAGUUACAUCGUGGUCACAAUGGUGUCGACUCAACUUUGAGGAGAGCUCGUGAUCAUCUCUACUGGCCGGGCAUGAGUAAAGAAAUCAAGGAAUUUAUUCAAACGUGUGCCACAUGCCAAGAAAACUCUAUCUCACAGCCUGCCCAGCCUUUGAUGCCUCAUCAGAUUAUUGGAAGACCAUGGGCCAAGGUUGAAAGUGAUCUCUUCCAUCAUUGCCAUGACAAUUAUCUGCUCAUGGUCUGUUAUUACUCCAAUUUCUUUGAAAUGGAAAAGCUACAGAGGACAACUGCCCCUGCAGUCAUCAAGAAAUUGAAACACCAUUUUGGCAGAUAUGGAGUACCUGAAAUCAUCGUAUCUGACAACGGUCCUCCUUUCUCCUCUAGGGAAUUUGCAAAAAAAAACUUGGAGUUGAGCACAAAACCAUCUCUCCAUACAACAGCAAAGCUAAUUGCAAAGCAGAGUCUGCUGUCAAGACUGCAGAAAAGACUACUUACAAGAUGCAAGGAUACUGGAGAUGUUGAUCUAGCCUUACUCAACAUUCGCAACAUCCCUACACAAGGUAUCCAAAGUAGUCUAGCCCAGGGAUUCAUGGGUCGUCGGACUCGUACUCUCAUCCCCACUUCAACUCGGUUGCUUGCACCUGAUCGUAACCCACAGGCUGAUCUUGAGAGACUGAAAGAAAGCCAGAAACGUCAAGCAAAGUAUUUCAACAGAGAAACAAGAAAGUUGAAAGAUCUCUCACCAGGAGCAGUAGUAAGAGUCAAGCCAUUCAACAAUGACAAGAAGUGGAAGAAAGCAGUUAUCCUUAAGAAACUGGAUGACCGUUCCUAUGAAGUUCGCUGUGAGGACCAGGUUCUCAGAAGGAACAGAGAACACCUCAGAGCCACAUCUGAACCACAAGAUGUACAUGACACUGGGCCUGUUCUUUUCAACUGGAGAUGUUCUGAUGGUAAUCCUCAACCUGACGUACCAAUACUGAGCACCAUUCUUCCCAUACUAGGACCCAGAUAUCCCAGACCGCGGAUAUUACCAGUCCGGAGAAGUCGCGUGAUCCAAACUUGA